CAUAAACGUGGCCGCCAAUUUCUUCAUUCCUCUUUGGACGUUAAGUUUUCAGUUUGCCCUUUGCUUUAACUCUUAAUUACGAUUCUACCAUUUUGCUUAUAUGAUCCCUGUUGGUCACCGGAAAAUCAAGACUAGCCUCCAUCUCCUAUUCCUUCACUACUUCAGGUAACAAAGCUAUUUGUAAGCAAUUACUGUUAUUAAACUAUGAUGCCAUCUCCAAGAACUCACCACCGGAGAGGUAGUAAAGACGACAAGAAUCCAACGAAAAUUAGGUUAUCGGAGAAAUCCAAGUCGUUUCACGGACAGACCUCAGGUAGCAGCAGCAGUAAGCCUGAGUUGUUGCGAAGGCCGAAGACGGUGCCGGACUUGCUUGCCGGACGUAGAACUGAGUCGACGGCAGUGAACAUCAGGCCGAUGGAGAAAUUCAUGAAGUUGCUGGUGAAUGUAACGAUUCAAAGAAGUGUUGGACCUGUACAGGUAUUAAUAUCGUUGGAAUCAACUGUGGUGGAUUUAAUUGCUGCUGCUUUAGGGCAAUAUUCGAAGGAAGGAAGAAGGCCAGUGCUUUCAUCUAUUGAUACUGCUGAUUAUGAUCUUCAUUACUCGCAAUUCAGCUUAGAAAGUUUGAAGAGGGAAGAGAAGCUCAAUGCUUUGGGGUCAAGAAACUUUUUUAUGUGUCCAAGAAAUGGUGGCCCAACGACAUCGUCUUCAAGCUGUGGAAAACAAGCUGAUACAUCUACCAAGAUACCUUUGCCAUGGCUCAAAUUCAUGGAUUUCUUGCUGUGAAAAAAAUUAAUUUACAGCUUUGCUACUUAGUAAUAUUUUAUUUUAAUGAUAUUCUAAGUUUCGCUCGACUGUUUCUCAGGUUAAUUAUAGGCUGUUGACGGUCACAGAGCCAUUGUUUAUUAGUACUAGUAUUUAAAAAAAAAAAAAUUGUCUCGUUAUAGGUUGAUGCUAAAUAUCUGAGAUUGUAUUAUUUUUAUUAUAUAUGUUGCAGUUAGUCGAAAGUUGAGAAAGAUGUAUUUAGAUAAUCUCAACAUUAUGUAACAUAGUUUUCAAGUGCUAGAUUUGAAAUGUAAUAUACUACUAUUGAUAUUUUUUACUUUUUGUAUAUGUUUUCAUGAAAUUGUUUAGUA